AUGCUCCUCAACGCCAAUACCGCCCUCUCAACCACCAAGGCCCUCCUGGUUCCAUAUUCGCCGCGGCACGUCCCCCGCUACCAUGAAUGGAUGCAAGACGAGGAAAUCCAAGAAGCAACCGCUUCUGAACCGCUCACGCUAGAUGAAGAAUAUGCCAUGCAGCGCAGUUGGCGCUUGGAUCCGGAUAAAUUGACUUUUAUUAUCUGCCGGCCUAUACACAUACCUAUACCACCAUAUAGCGAGGCUGCUACUUCUACUUCUACAUCCGCUGGGGUAAUAAACAACAUAAACACGGCCCCGACCCUCACCCCAGAAGAUGACUCCCCACCCAACAUGAUCGGAGACAUCAAUCUAUUCCUACGCAUCGACGACGGCGACGAAGGCGACUCGGCACCGCAGCUCAUCGGCGAGAUCGAGCUGAUGGUCGCCGAGAAGGCGAACCAGAGGCGCGGGUUUGGGCGUGCAGCGUUGUUGAUCUUCUUGAGGUAUAUCGCUGAGCAUGAGAGUGGUAUUCUGGCGGAGUUCGUGCGGGGUGGGAUUGAGGAGGGGGGGAAGGGGAGGUUUGGUUUGGUCUCUUCUUCUAGUACAGCUACAGCUUUUGCUAUCUCUGGAAAAGCAGAGGGAAAGGGAACAGAAGAAAGCGAAGGAAAAGUAGGGGAGGGAGAAGGAAAGAACACCGGAUUGGAAUUCUCCUAUCUGAGCGUGAAGAUCGGGCAGUCGAACACGCGCAGCCUGGCCCUGUUUGAAAGUCUCGGAUUCAGCAAGGUGUCGGAUGAACCGAACUUCUUUGGCGAGUUUGAGCUUCGGCGCGCGAAUUUGGAGACGAGCGAUAUAUCUGAGGAGAUGUAUAGGGUUGAGGUCGAGGGAUAUUCGGAGAUUGUGUAUCGGCCGGGCGAAUAG